UGCGUAGAAGUCUCAGUCAGCGUGUCAGCUGACCGCCAGUCACUUCUGAACCCUGACUUGUAACUACACUGCAAUAAUUGACCAACGUCGUGCAACGACACUCCUCUAAUCCAUCAGUCCAGACUGUCUACCGCAUUGCAUUGACAGAAGCUGGAAUCUCACCUCUUGGAUCUCACCGAGUCGAACAAGAGCAAUACGGCAAACGCGAUCAUCCCACAGCUGAUAUCGGCAAGGUACCUCAACAUCUUAGCACGCGACCGAAUGCCACAAGUGUCAAAGGAUCUACCUCGCCCACCCAUCCAUCAUCCGUCAAAUAUUCCAGGAUCACCUCACCACAUGUGACUGGUGAUGCUGCAUGAUCUACGCGACAGCCGGUAGCUUUUGCCGCCAUGUUGAUGCGAGUGUUGAUCAAUGACUACCCGCACCGGACGGUGGCAUUAGCGACGGAUGAGUACGUCUUGAUCUUUCGCCAUGCUCACACUCCACAAGAAAGUGGACGAAGUUCAAGCGCAACGAGCCUCCCGUCGCUCAGUUCGGGCAGGUUCAAUGCCACUCCGCGAUGUAUGGUUGAGUUUGCCGAAAAGUCAUCCAUCGAUCUGAGCCAAUUCCACGCUGUCACCACAGCGAAAGGCACCCUAGGACUCAUCACAUUCAACAACGACGUCUUCCUUUGCGUCAUCACUGGUUCAGAAGAGGUCGCAACAGUCAGGCAAGGAGAGACUGUACAGAAGAUUUAUGCUGUGGAAUUCUACUGCCUCAACCGUGCCGACUACGACCAGGCUCACGCUCCGAAUCCGUAUCCUGGACAAACUUUCCAGACCGACGAUGCUGAUUAUGGUGGAGGCUACGAUCAAACCGACUCAACAGCUGAACAUCCUUUCAAUGCCGUGAAAAAGCUACUGAGUAAUGGUAACUUUUACUACAGUCUCGACUUUGAUCUCACACGCCGACUACAAGACCGCGCGGAUGCAGUCGACUCAGCUGUUGACAUAUCGAGCCUUGAUGAAGGUCUUUUGUGGAACUCAUACAUGAUCGAUCCUCUCCUGAAAUUCCGAAGCAGGCUUACCGACCAUGAACGUAUCGCCCUCGACCGCUCUCGCCUUCUAACAUCGGUCAUCCGAGGCUUCGUGAAGAGUCUUCAUGUGCCGCCGUCUUCAUCCCCUAUCCGCAGCACAGCGCCUGGUCUUCCCGCCACGUUAACAGUCAUCUCCAGACUUUCGUCUCGGCGAGCUGGCACCCGGUUCAACUCUCGAGGUGUCGACGACAACGGUAACGUUGCUAACUUCGUGGAGACCGAGACCGUUUUCUGGUCACCUUCAGGGCUAUGCUUUUCCUACACACAGAUCCGUGGCAGUAUACCCAUAUUUUGGGAGAGUGCUAGCAGCUUGAUCCCCGGACAGCAGAAGAUCCAGAUCACACGGUCACCGGAAGCGACGCAGCCUGCGUUCGAUAAACACUUUGCUACACUGGAAAGGACGUAUGGGGCUGUGCAUAUUGUGAACUUGCUCAGUGCAAUGAAGCCGGGUGAGGUGGAGCUGACGGAAAGGUAUCGCCUUCACGUCAAACGGAGCCCACUUCGACGACAGGUGGAAGGUGAAGAAGAGGAACAUCAUCUACUUCGAGAAACCGAGUUCGAUUUUCACGAGCGCACCAAAGGUGCGACAGGGUAUGAGGGAGCUAAAGCCAUCCGGCCGGAAAUCGAAGCCAGCGCGGAAUCAUUCGUAUAUUUCCUGUCGGAGGUGAUCCCUGAGGAGUCGGUCGUCCAUGGCAAGAGAACGUUAAUCAAACGACCCGUGGUAAUCAUGCAGCAGAAUGGUGUGUUUCGCGUCAAUUGUCUGGACUGCCUGGACCGCACGAACUUGAUCCAAGGCAACAUCAGUCAAAUGGCCAUCGAACUCUUCUUGUCACACCGAGGCGAGCGCGGCAAUUCGGAUUUCUGGAUGCGGCACUCUGCAUUGUGGGCCGACAAUGGCGACACCUUGUCGAAGAUCUACGCCGGGACCGGAGCGUUGAAAAGUUCGUUCACGCGACACGGGAAGAUGAGUUUCGCAGGCGCCAUUGCUGAUGCCAGGAAGAGUGCCACUCGGCUCUAUGUCAAUCAUUUCGAAGACAAGAACAGACAAAAUACUGUUGACUUAUUGCUGGGCAGACUGGUCGGGCAGAAUAGUGUGGAUCUGUUUGACCCUGUCAACGACUGGGUGGUUGCAGAGGUGAAUAGGCGACGGGCGGAGUUCGAAACGCGGGACUCGAUUAAACUUGGGGUCGGCACGUUCAACCUGAACGGCAAGAUCUCCGGGACAAGAGAGGACUUGAGUCCGUGGCUGGCUGCUCGCGAUCGAGAGCUGGAUAUCUUCGUUGUGGGCUUCCAGGAGAUCGUUGAGCUGAGUCCCCAGCAGAUCAUGAGUACGGACCCGAACCGCCGAAUCAUGUGGGAGAAGACGGUGCGGGAUUGUCUGAAUGGACAGAGUUAUGAUGAAAAAGGCCACGAGACACCCGCCAAGGAGGAUGACUAUGUGCUUCUCCGGAGCGGGCAAUUGGUCGGCGCGGCGUUAUUGGUCUUCGUGCGCUCGAACAUUCUUGAACGGAUCAAGAAUGUCGAGGGUGCGAUCAAGAAGACCGGCAUGAGCGGUAUUGCUGGAAAUAAAGGCGCCGUUGCUAUCAGGAUGGACAUAGAGAGUACCUCCGUGUGCUUUGUGACGGCGCACUUGGCGGCGGGAUUUGCUAAUUACGAGGAACGCAAUCGCGACUACAACACAAUCACCUCCGGAUUAAGAUUUCAGCGCAACCGGAGCAUUGAAGACCACGAGAUUGUGGUUUGGGCUGGGGAUUUCAAUUACCGCAUUGGUCUUGGGUAUGACAAAGUCAAGGGCCUGAUCAAUGAGGCUGUCAUUGGGAAUGAGAAGGUCAGGGAUGACGCGCUGGGCAAGCUGUACGAAAACGACCAGCUGAAUAUCCAGAUGGUGGUAGGGGCUUGUUUCAAUUUUUACCGCGAGGGAAGGGUCAAGUUCCUGCCGACGUACAAGUACGAUAUCGGCACGGAUCAAUUCGAUUCGAGUGAUAAGCAGCGCAUACCUGCCUGGACGGAUCGGAUCUUGUGGAAAGUCAAUCAUAAGGGCAACUUGGUUCAGGGUGGAGAGGUUCUGGGGACGCAGAUGAAGCAGUUGGAGUAUGACAGCGUCAUGUCUUUGCGGUUCAGUGAUCACCGGCCUGUGUAUGCCAUUUUCGAGAUGGGGAUUCUGGUCGUGGACGAGCAGAAGAAGGACGAUUUGACUAGGAAAUUGUACGCGAAGAGGGCGUCGGAGGUCAAGAGUAAAGGCGUGGGAGCUGGGGAGUCGACGGAAGGGUUUUCGGAGGUUGGUAGUGAUGAAGAAGAUGUGGAGAGUGUGGCGGGAUAUGCGAGUAUUCAGGAGGGAUUGCCGCCGGCGAGCAGCGAUAAGAGGAAGUGGUGGCUUGAUGGGAAUAAGGGGGCCAGAAGUACUAUGAAACCGCCUCGGGAUGGGAUGGUGCUGAACAGGAACCGUGAAGGGAAUCCCUGGAAAGAUGGAGGUGGCGAAGAUGACUGGGUUGAGGUUGAGAAACCGUCGAAACCGAAACCGGAACCACCGCCGUCGAGGGUGACGAGGAGAAUGGUGCCUCCGGCUUGGGAGGGCGAGAGGGUGGUGUCGCCAAGUUCGGUGAAGAGUGAGAUGCGAUGGGAUGGCAAUGGCAGUGCGGAUGGGAAUGGGAAGAGACGUCCAAUGCCGCCUGCGCCGAGAGUGCGUGAUGAGGCGACCGGAACAAUCCAGAUGAUAGAUCGAGAGCAAGAGGAAGCAGCCGGGGACGCCGAGUCACCACCCUCGCGGUCGUCAUCAACAACAACGGUCAAGAAACCGCCGCCUCCGAAACCCCUAAAGCCGGCGACCCUGACAACAGCGCCGAGCCAAGUAUCUGUGCCGCAGGUCAGUUCUCUUCCUACGAGGUUGGCGAGUGUUUCGAAGCCGAAUGUCGGUGUCUCGCCUGAGUCGGCAGACGAGAAGCCGCCUCCGCUACCGAGACGGACAGGAACAAACAGUUCGACUUCUUCAUUUAUGAGUGGGUCGGAGGUGAAGAAUGCCGGUCCGAACGGCCAGAGAGGUGGAUAUGUGCCGCCUCCUCCGCCGUCGAGAGUGACGAGGCUGGCGAGAGAUGAUAGCGCGGCGUCGUUGAGGCGGAGUAGUUCGGCGAGUACGACUACGACCAACCAGUCUGGGCCACCAUUACCGCCUAGGACACAGUCAAAUUCUGGGAGAGCGAGUAAUGCUGGGCUAUUGGAUGAGGAUGAUGAUGAUACUGCCGCUAAGGGCGGUUUGGAUAGGUAUAAGCCUCUGUUGCCUGAGCGAUAACCAGGGUAGAGAGAUGAUGGCGGCCUCAAGAGGAGAGGAUCAUGGAGGUCAUGACAUGGGUCACGAAAAUGACCGAGAUAGAGAACUAUCCGUUGAUGCUUUG